UUUUUUUUUGGAUUGAUAUUUAAAAUAUUCAUAAUUUUUUAGUUUGAUAAUUCAGAUGAAGGAAUUAAAGGUCAUAUGGAAAAUCUUAAAUUAAAAUGUGAUGUAUUACAUAAACAUAUUCUAACAUGUAGUCAACGAUUAGAUGAUAUUAAUAAACAAAAUCUUAUGAAAUUAACAAAUGAAAAUCAAAUAUUGACGUAUGAUGAAUAAAUUUCUUUUAAUAAAUUUUUUUAUAUAAAUAUAUUUUAUAUUAGAAUAAAAAUAUUGAACUUGAAUUUGAAUUAUUACGUUUACGUGAACGUUAUAAUGAAUUAAUUGAACAUACAAAUACACUUAAAUAUGAAUUAAAUAAUGCACAAAAACAAUUACAUGAAAAAGAAAAAAUUGAACCAAAUUUAAAUGUUGAUUUGGAAAAAGAACGACGACGUGCAGAUGAAUUUGAAAAUGAUUAUAAAUCUUUAAAAAUAAAGUAUGAUGAUGUAUGUGAACGUAUUCGUAUAGCUACACAUCAAUUAGAACAUGUACAAAUUGUACUUGAAGAAACAUCACGUCAUUGUGAACAAUUAGAAAAAGAAAAGUCUGAAAUUAAUGCUCAAUCUGAAUAUCUUUCACAAAAUGUUCUUAGUGUAACAUCAAAAUAUAAAGAUAAAUUAAAUAUAAUUAAAGUUCGUUUGUAA